AUGCGUUCGGGUACUCCUCUGAACGAUGUGGAUCGACUUCCUUGGCUCCGAACCAUCAAUACAUUUGCGAAUACUGAGCCUGGCCACGUCAUCGCAUGUUCCGCCUUAAAAAAAUCGUAUCGCACAAUUCUUUCCGAACAGCUCUCCCGCAAAACGGAUGGGAAAGGAGGCGCGUUUUUCAUUUUGCUGAAUUUAAAAAGGGAAGUUCUUGAACAACGGGUUAGUUCUCGCCCUGGACACUUCAUGCCAUCUACACUACUGAAUAGCCAAUUGGCAACAUUAGAGAUGCCAGGGAACGAUGAACCAAAUGUGAUUGUCAUUGAUGCGGAUCAUGACGUCGAUUAUACUGUUAAAUCAAUAAUGACUCGUUUGAAUGAACUUGAAAUGAAAAAUUGA